AUGUCUCACAGUAGUCUCAGUUGUCACUACGACAGCUACCUCCCCUCAGAUUCAUCCCUUGAAACAGACGCGCUAACUAACCGACAUUGGAAUGGCCGAGUUUCAGCUCAAGCAGAAGGGCCAUCACGGCGUAAAAGUAAUCUUCAUAAUGCCUUGGCAGCUGAAAUGGACACAUCUUGGGAACGACCAACUCAUAUUGAAGGAAGAUAUAAGAAAUACUCAACCACAUCUUCUAUUUAUUCCAAAAAAGCAUUAUCACACCAAAGCGAACACAUCGAAAGAUCUUGGUGGUACGCCUGUUGUCAAAAGUGUCACGCAGAAGAUACCGGAAUUCCUUCCUGGGAACCACCACAUUGGCAGAAAAUAUGCCCAUAUCCACUAUGUCCCUCUUACAGACGAUUUGCUCAAAACCUUUCUAUUCUAUUAAUAGGCAUUAUGAUUUGGGUAAUCGUAUGGAUAAUAUUGGGUGACACGGCAGCGCCAGGCGGACAAUUGUUUAUGUUUGCCGUCCUCACCAUUGCUGCACACUUCGGUGGAUGGCUCAUGGUGAAAGUAACCACGCUGCCAGCACUUAUUGGAAUGUUAAUUGUAGGAAUAAUUAUGAAAAAUAUCGGCUUUGUCAACUUUGAUUCGGAUUACCAGCACGUAGCGUCCUAUGUAAGAAAAAUAGCUUUAACGAUAAUUCUAACAAGAGCAGGACUUGACUUAGAUCCAGGUGCUAUGAAAAAGUUCUUUUUCACUGUACUUAAACUCGCUUUAGUUCCCUGGACAUUUGAAUGCGUACUUUGCGCUGUGAUGAGCAAUCUUUUACUUGGAUUACCAUGGGAUUGGGCUUUCCUAAUGGGAUCAAUAUUUGCUGCGGUAUCGCCGGCUGUAAUAGUACCAUGUCUAUUCCGACUCAGAGAAAAAGGUUAUGGUGUAUCCAAAGGUAUACCUACACUAGUGCUAGCAGUAUCUGGUAUAGAUGAUGCCGCCAGCGUUGCCGUAUUCGGCAUUGUGUCAUCUAUCAUGUUCUCCAAUUCCUCUCUCACAACAAACAUUAUUCAGGGCCCAGUUAGUAUUAUUGGAGGUAUCGCUUUUGGAGUAUUUUGUGGAUACCUUGUUAAGUAUAUUCCAGAAAAAAAUGAUGCUUUCUUAGUUCCAAUUCGAGUUUUACUAUUACUAGCUGGAGGUCUUAUGUCAGUGCUGGGAUCAGAAGAAAUAGGCUGGGGUGGUGGUGGACCACUAGCAGUUAUUGCCUUUGCAUUCGUGGCCUGUAAGGAAUGGGUUGAACAAGGCUGGGAGCUGGAAGACAACCCGGUUGCGACUGCUUUUGAAAUUUUCUGGAUGUUCUUUGAACCCAUGCUGUUUGCUGUCACUGGCGCUCAAAUAGUGAUUGCAGAUCUUCCUCCUCAUCUAGUGCUGGUCAGCGCUGGAAUCAUUAUGACCUGCAUUAUUCUUCGCGCUUUACUUACAAGUGUCAGUGCUGUACGCAGCAAUCUUAACAUGAAAGAAAAAAUCUUCGUCGGGUUCGCUUGGAUGGCUAAGGCUACUGUUCAAGCUGCAUUAGCACCUGUAGCUCUAGAUGAAGUACGCAAGAUGGCUGGUGAUGAUGAAUCAAAAAUUGAACUUUUAAACUAUGCAGAAAUGGUUUUUACUGUAUGCAUCAUGUCUAUAGUCAUCACAGCUCCAAUUGGAGCAAUUGUAAUUACAAUAACGGGGCCUAGACUUCUGUCCAAAACUACGAAGCCUCCUGUAUUAGAAGGUUGGCGCCGGUCGCAUAGACCAUCUAUUCGUGAUAUCUCCAUAAUAGACGAGGAAGAUAUUGCCGAACGCGAUGCGGAGGCAGAAGCUGGUACACAGCAUUCACCGCCGGUAUCUCCGAUACCCACAGCUGUACCCAACGCAAUCAGUACACCUAAUCCCAUAACUGUACAACCUAACAGUCGUACA